AUGGAGGUAACCCCACCGGACCCAAGUGUAACCAGACAACUGACGGGAAUCCAAGUCAAACAAAAUGUUGAUGAAGCGUCUGAAGUUUUAAGCAGAUUCCAAACUGAAGAUGCCACGGCUUUGAGAGCGAAUGUUGGGCAGCAAAUAAAGAAUCAAGCGAAUGGGGGAAAUGAAAUAUCAAUCAAGGCUAACUACCACAGCAAUCCUAAAUUACCUGAUGAAAAGUACGGUAACAUGACCAAAGAGCGCAGUGUUGCCACCGAAACGUCUGAGCGCGUCGGGGGAAAAAAGGUGAAAAGGAGCGCAGGACCACCAUACCAGGGGAACGUUCCCGUGAGCGGAGAAACACGUUUUAGACAGACCAAUGUCCAAGGUGUCUCCAACUCCAGAGCCGAAUAUCGGCGAACUGGGGAGGAAGCCAGAGGGUCAAACCCGAGGCAAAGUGAGCCUCCUCUGGACACUUCUACUUUUGCUCUGUCGGGAGACUCGGCGCACAACCAGGCGAUGGUGCAUUGGUCCGGACACAACAGCAGUGUGAUCCUGAUCUUGACUAAGCUGUAUGACUUCAACUUGGGUGCUGUUACCGAGAGCUCGCUCUGGAGAUCCACUGAUUAUGGCAGCACCUAUACUAAACUCAAUGCCAAAGUGGGUUCGAGGACGGUUUUAAGCUACCUGUAUGUCUGCCCUACCAACAAGCAGAAGAUAAUGGUGCUUAGCGACCCUGAGGUAGAGAGUGCUGUUCUCAUCAGCUCAGAUGAAGGGGCGAGCUUUGACAAGUAUCCCAUUAACUUCAACAUCCUUAGCCUCCUCUUCCACCCGGCACAGGAGAACUGGAUACUGGCUUACAGUCAUGACAACAAGCUGUACAGUUCAAUGGACUUUGGGAGGAAAUGGCAGCUUGUUCACGACAACGUCAUGCCAGGAAGAUUCUACUGGGCGGUUAUGGGGCUGGACAGAGAAUCAGAUGUGGUCCACAUUGAAACACGUUUCGCAAAAGGCCGUGCUCAGUAUGUGAAGUGCAGAGCCCAAAGAUGCACAGAGGGCAACAGACACUAUCUUUUCCCAGGACACGUAGACACCAACUCACUAGUUGUACAGGAUGAAUAUGUUUUUACACAGGUAACCAAGUCAGGACGAGCCAGCUAUUUUGUCUCCUACAUGAGAGAAUCUUUCAAGCAAAUGAAAUUACCAAAAUAUUGUCUGCCAAAGGACAUGCAUAUUAUCAGCACAGAUGAGAAGCAGGUAUUUGCGGCUGUGCAGGAGUGGAAUCAGAACAAUACUUACAGCUUGUACAUCUCAGACUCCCCGGGGGUUUACUUCAUCCUUUCAUUAGAGAAUCUGAGAACCAGCAGAGGACCUGCUGGUAACCUACUGGUCGACUUUUAUAAGAUUGAGGGGAUAAAUGGCAUGUAUCUUGCCAACAAACUGGUAGAUAAUCACAUCAAAACCUUCAUCACAUACAACAAGGGACAAACAUGGGCCCUGCUGCAAGCUCCUGCCACUGAUGUGGCUGGUAAUAACCUCCACUGCAUUCUGCCAUUUUGUUCACUGCAUCUUCAUCUGGAGAUGUCAGAGAAUCCUUAUACUUCUGGACCCAUCACCAGCAAAAAAUCUGUACCAGGAAUCAUUGUGGCUACAGGGAAUAUUGGAACAGAGCUGUCCUCCACCAACCUUGGGAUGUUUAUAACAUCUGAUGCAGGGAAUAGCUGGCGACAGAUUUUUGAUGAAGAGUUCAACAUUUGGUUUCUCGACAAUGGAGGGGCUUUGCUGGCAGUUCAGCACGCAGUGACACCGAUUCGACACCUGUGGAUCAGUCUAGAUGAAGGAAAGAAAUGGGAUCGCCACAGUUUUUCUUUGGCACCUCUGUAUGUGGAUGGAGUUUUAAUGGAGCCAGAGUCUGACAAUCAUAUUAUCACUUUCUUUGGACACUUCAGCCAUCGAUCAGAGUGGCAGCUUAUCAAGAUUGACUACAAGGGCCUCUUUAACAGAAGAUGCAUGGAUGGAGAUUAUCAGACAUGGCACCUGUAUAACAAGGGUGAGCAGUGUGUAAUGGGUGAGAAGCAGACGUAUAUGAAACGAAAGCCUGGAAACCGAUGCAUGCUGACCCAAGACUAUUCCAGGAUCUACUCCUCUGAUCCAUGCCCCUGCACAUCAUUUGAUUUUGAAUGUGAUUACGGGUGGGAACGCCAGGCGGAUGGGAAGUGCUCUCCUGCUUUUUGGUUUAAUCCAAAUGGUGCAACUAAAAGCUGCAGCAACAGCCAAAGUUUCCUUAACAGCACAGGGUAUCGGAAGGUUUUGUCGAAUAACUGUAAGGAAGGAGGGAGGAAUGUGUACUCGCCUAAGAGAGAAGUAUGCCGGCCCAAAGCACCCCGAGGCCUUAGACUGUCAACCAGUCACGGAGAGCUCAGUGCUGCCGUUGGAAGCAAUGUUACAUUCAUGAUCUACCUCGCUGAUGGAGACUCGCUGAGCACUAGCAUCCAGUUAGACUUUGGGGACGGCAUCAAGAUCACAUACUCCAACCUGAGCAGAGCCGAUGAUGGCAUCAAGCACAUAUACAGAACGACUGGGAUUUACCGAGUGACAGCUUCUGCCGAAAACAGCCAGGGAUCUGACAGCAGCUCGCUGUUUUUACACAUCACCAGUCCAGUGGAGCGUGUAUACCUCUCUGCUCCUAUUGUAACCAUCAAGGGAAAAGCAGCUAAUCUGACAGCGGUUGUUUGGCCGAGUCACACAAGAAUUCUGACCUUCUUUUGGUGGUUUGACAACAGCUCCGAGCCAAUUAUAACAUUGGAAGGAAGUGUCUCUCACACGUUUCACAGAGAAGGAAAAAACAAGGUCACGGUUCAGGUUGCUUGUGGAGGCACUGUGAUGCAGGACUCAAAAGUUAUAACGGUUAAAGAGUUCUUCAGGUCACUGCUGUUGUCAUUUUCACCAGCUCUUGAUGAGCACAAUCCUGACAUCUCCGACUGGAGGGAGGACAUAGGCCGUGUGGUGCGGACAGCUCUGUCACAGGUGUCUGGGGUGACUGAAGAUCAGCUGCUGGUUUCCGUGUACCCAGGACUUCCAACAAUAGCAGAGCUCUUUAUCCUACCUGAUGAGCAUACUUUAAGUGAGCACAAGAGAAGGAUUGAAGACUCCCUACGGACGAUAUCAGAUAUUUUUGUCACCACUUUGAACCAGGGGUUGAUCCAAUUUGAGCUGAAACCUGAUAUCCGCAUUAUUGUGUACAUGACUCAGCAAACCUUGGCUCCACUCGUCGAUUCAAGCUCCAUUCAUAGUGGACCAGCCAUGCUGAUGCUGCUCAGUGUGAUAUUUGUUGGUUUAGUCGCAUUCUUUAUCUACAAGUUUAAAAGGAAAAUCCCAUGGAUCCAGGUCCAGACUGAGGACCGACACGAGAAAGAGCCCGAGGUAAUAAGUACAGUGGGUCAAAAUGACACCAUGACCAAGGUGAAGCUCAGUGAGUUCCCGACUCAGAAAGAACUCAUGGAGAAGGAGCUGGACAGCAGGAGGAGAGGAGGAUUUGGAAGAAAUAUGGAUGGAAUUGUCACAAGGGAAUUUCCAAACUGUACUAAUGUCUAA